AUGCAGUUGGGCGAGCAGCUCCUGGCGAGCUCGGGGACCCUGCCCGGCGCGCACUUCUACCCGCUGGAAGGGGCGCGCGGCGCGGGCGGCGGGGGUGCGGGCCACCUCCCCGGCGCUGCGCACUCGCCUCCGAGGCUGGACCUGGACAAAGCGCCCAAAAAGUUCCUGGGGGGCCUGUCCUGCGACGCGGGGAGCGGGGAGCCCGGCUCGGGGGGCCCCGCCACCAUGCUCGGCGACGCGGACGCCGCCGGGGAGGCCUUUGCGGGGGCCAAGCCGGGACCCCCGGACGGCCGCAAGGGCUCCCCGUCCUGCGGGGAGGAGGAGAUGCCCUCGGCCGUCGCUGCAGCCGCAGCCGCGGCCGCCGCUGCCGCCGCCGCCACCGCGCGCUACUCCAUGGACAGCCUGAGCGCCGAGCGCUUUUACCUCCAGUCCCCGGGGCCGCAGGGCUCCGAGCUGCCCGCGCCCUGCUCGCUCUUCCCCUACCAGGCGGCGCCCGGGGCUCCCCACGGGUCCGUGUACCCGGCCCCCAACGGGGCUCGCUACCCCUACGGCUCCAUGCUGCCCCCAGGUGGCUUCCCCGCCGCCGUGUGCCCACCCGGCCGGGCGCAGUUCGGACCCGGCGCGGGCGCGAGCGGCGGCGCGAGUGGCACCGGCGGUGGCACCGCCGGCGGCGGCCCGGGAGCCUAUCAGUACGGUCAGGGGGCUCCCCUUUACGGGCCUUACCCCGGAGCAGCCGCGACCGGUUCCUGCGGAGGCUUGGGGGGCCUGGGGGUGCCCGGCUCCGGCUUCCGUGCCCACGUCUACCUGUGCAACCGACCUCUGUGGCUCAAGUUUCAUCGCCACCAAACCGAGAUGAUAAUCACCAAACAGGGCAGGCGUAUGUUUCCUUUCCUGAGCUUCAAUAUAAACGGACUCAACCCCACGGCCCACUACAACGUGUUCGUCGAAGUGGUGCUCGCAGACCCCAAUCACUGGCGCUUCCAGGGGGGCAAGUGGGUGACCUGCGGCAAAGCUGACAACAACAUGCAGGGCAACAAAAUGUAUGUCCACCCAGAGUCUCCUAAUACUGGUUCCCACUGGAUGAGACAGGAGAUUUCCUUUGGGAAAUUAAAACUGACCAAUAACAAAGGCGCAAAUAACAACAACACACAGAUGAUAGUUUUACAAUCUCUCCACAAGUAUCAGCCCCGACUGCAUAUUGUUGAAGUCACAGAGGAUGGUGUGGAGGACUUGAACGAGCCCUCCAAGACUCAGACCUUUACGUUCUCAGAAACACAGUUCAUUGCAGUGACUGCCUACCAAAACACCGAUAUUACUCAGCUAAAGAUUGAUCAUAACCCCUUUGCAAAAGGAUUCAGGGACAACUAUGAUUCCAUGUACACCGCUUCCGAAAAUGACAGGUUAACUCCAUCUCCCACGGAUUCUCCUAGAUCCCAUCAGAUUGUCCCUGGAGGUCGGUACGGCGUUCAGUCCUUCUUCCCGGAGCCCUUUGUCAACACUUUACCUCAAGCCCGAUAUUAUAACGGCGAGAGAACCGUUCCACAGACCAACGGCCUCCUUUCACCCCAACAGAGCGAAGAGGUGGCCAACCCACCCCAGCGUUGGCUUGUCACACCAGUCCAGCAACCCGGGACCAACAAACUAGACAUCAGUUCCUAUGAGUCUGAAUAUACUUCUAGCACCUUGCUCCCAUAUGGUAUUAAAUCCUUGCCCCUACAGACAUCCCAUGCCCUGGGGUAUUACCCUGAUCCCACUUUCCCUGCAAUGGCAGGGUGGGGUGGUCGAGGUUCUUAUCAGAGGAAGAUGGCAGCUGGACUCCCAUGGACCUCCAGAACAAGCCCCCCAGUAUUCUCUGAAGAUCAGCUUUCCAAGGAGAAAGUCAAAGAAGAAAUUACUUCUUCCUGGAUAGAGACACCACCUUCUAUCAAGUCUCUGGAUUCCAAUGAUUCGGGAGUCUACACCAGCGCUUGUAAGAGAAGGCGGCUGUCUCCUAGCACCUCUAGUAAUGAAAAUUCUCCCUCUAUAAAGUGUGAGGACAUUAAUGCUGAAGAAUACAGUAAAGACACCUCAAAAGGCAUGGGAGGGUACUAUGCUUUUUACACAACUCCCUAGAGAGGUAUUUUAACCUCCUUGUGAAAUUAGCUCAUAUUUUGCUGAUGGACUUGGUGGUGGUUUUUUUCUUGUUGUCUUCAUUGCCUAGGUCGCCAAAAAAGAAGUUAGCCUUCCACCUUGAUGCAUCCUGUUUUGUGCAAUUCUCUAAAAGAAGGUGCCAAAGCUUUUUAAUUGCUGCAGGUAACUGAAACAAACCUUGCCACUUUUUUGUUUC